AUGGACAAAAAUCCUACAUUGGUCCUUAUGGAACAAGAUCAAGAAAACAAUCAAGCAAAAGGAGAUACUGUACUUAAUAAUUCUGCAAUUCAAUCUGAUCGAUUAGAUUCAGAUAAUAGCGGUAUUUAA